AUGAGGUCCUCCGAUGGUGUCUUUGAUAGACUCGACCGUCUCUAUCAAAGUGGAAUAACGAAACUUGUCUAUACGUUAGUGGGAACUGAUGCAGCAUUGAAUCUUUCAUCACAGAUAUACGAUCAAAAAGUGGGUUUGGACCUGGCAGACCUCCUAAAGGAGAAGGGAAGCUUUAACUACAGUCUCUAUCGAGACCUGGUACGCCCAGUGUUUCAAAAGGCUCCGGAAGUCGAUAUCUGGAAAGCAGUUUUUCAACUUAUUAAGCCUCUCUCCCAACUCACCCCUCCUGCAACAGUUUCUCCCACAUCAGAGGGCACAUCCUGGAGAUCGACGUCAUCCUCCCAGCGUGGUAGCGAGCAAAUUCGCCGACUGGUGGAAGAGAGGCUCUUUGAGGAGAUGAGAACAUGCACACAUAAAGACGUCGAGGGAUUUGAUGCGAAGUAUUUUCGGAAUACCAGUUGGGAAGAGAGGUUUAUAAAUAUCUACAAGAAAUAG